AUGAAAUUACAACUCCCGCGCAGUGAAAACUGCGACGAGAGUUGCGAGAAGCAUGCAGCUAACUGCAUGACGGCAGCAACACGAUCGAUGAACGAAGGUGAUGAAGAGGAGCGGAGUGUAGACAUGUGUGCACGGUGCGUAGACGAGCCGAGAAGUGACCUGUGGCGUCGAUAUCAAUACCUUAUAUACAAAUCGCGUGUGCUGCACCUAGCAGAAAGGACUUUCAAAGACAUACUCAUAAUGAAAUUACAACUCCCGCGCAGUGAAAACUGCGACGAGAGUUGCGAGAAGCAUGCAGCUAACUGCAUGACGGCAGCAACACGAUCGAUGAGCGAAGGUGAUGAAGAGGAGCGGAGUGUAGACAUGUGUGCACGGUGCGUAGACGAGCCGAGAAGUGACCUGUGGUGUCGAUAUCAAUAUCUUAUAUACAAAUCGCGUGUGCUGCACCUAGCAGAAAGGAAAACAGACAAGAUAUCUAACGAAGUGGUAAAUUUGACGUCACAAACUAACAUAACUAAAAGAAAGAAACAAAACAAAAAUAAAACUUGCUUAAAACGAAAUGAUUCAGAGAUUGCUUCGGAUUCCUCAACAAACGUUGGCUCUAAAACGCUAUCUGAUCAUGACAACUCAUUUUUGUCAUUGGAUUCUCAAACCGCCGCUAGAAGCCUUCCAGAUCUCUCCACAAGAGACUAUGACGAAAUCAUAUUAUUAAAGGAAUCGAUUUCGAACUUAAACUCACAACUUGAAACAGCUCAUUCAGAGAUUGAAAAUCUACAUUUAGAAAAUAAUAAGAUGAAGAAGGAAAUAUAUGAAAAGGACAAUAAAAUAACAACAGCUGCUGACUAUAUGUUCUAG